GGAAGACACGGGGCUGGAGAGAGAGCUAGGCCUGGCACCGGGAUCUGCUCGGAUGAAUGGCUGCUGCUGGACGGCGCUCCGCUAACAUGUGCCCAUGGGGAAUGAGGCUGCGGGUAGACAAUCCCGGGGUGAUCCGGGCCUUCAGCUGGAGUCAUGCAGCCUGUGUCACAUGGUGAUGGCCGGCUAUAUACUGUGUAUACACCCGCUCCUAUAUACCGUAUAUUACUUGGAUAAUGGGAACAACAAGAUGGCAAUCCAGCAGGCUGAGAAACUGCUUAAGAAACAUAAAGAUCUGCACUGCGCCAAGGUCCUCAAAGCGAUUGGGUUACAACGUACGGGCAAGCAGGAAGAAGCAUUUGUACUUGCCCAAGAGGUAGCGGCUCUGGAGCCCACUGAUGACAACUCAUUGCAGGCACUUACAAUCUUGUACAGGGAAAUGCACAGACCGGAGCUGGUAACUAAAUUGUAUGAGGCAGCUGUUAGAAAAGUCCCAAGCAGUGAAGAAUAUCAUUCUCACCUCUUCAUGGCUUAUGCCAGAGUAGGGGAAUACAAGAAGAUGCAGCAGGCUGGAAUGGCACUUUACAAAAUUGUUCCAAAAAAUCCUUAUUAUUUCUGGUCUGUGAUGAGUCUGAUCAUGCAGUCUAUUUCAGCCCAAGAUGAAAAGCUUUCUAAAACAAUGUUUUUGCCUCUGGCUGAAAGAAUGGUUGAAAAAAUGGUAAAAGAGGAUAAGAUUGAAGCAGAGGCUGAGGUUGAAUUGUACUACAUGAUUUUAGAGCGCCUGGGAAAGCAUGAGGAAGCCCUAGAGGUUAUCAGAGGAAAACUUGGUGAAAAGUUGACCAGUGAGCUGCAGAGCCGAGAGAACAAGUGUAUGGCGAUGUACAAGAAGCUAAGCAGGUGGCCCGAAUGUAAUGCACUCUCCAAAAGACUUCUGUUAAUAAACUCAGAUGACUGGCAGUUCUAUCUAUCCUACUUUGAUUCUGUGUUUCACCUUAUUGAUGAGACUUGGAUGCCACCAGCAGAAGGCCCAAUGUCAUUUGAAGGAAAUCUCGACUACACAAUUGGACAGGUAGUUAGAUUUAUAGAAGAACAGAUAGAAGCAGAUUCAAAGAAUCUUCGUCCACUUCGGGGGCCACAUCUGGCUAAACUUGAACUGAUCCGUCGGUUAAGACAGAGGGGCUGUAAUGAUGAACACAAGCUGGGAGAACCAGAGGACCUGAUGUUUCAGUAUUUCCUAACGUUUGGGGACAAGCCUUGUUGUUUCACUGAUCUUAAGGUGUUCGUGGAUCUUCUUUCUUCCAGUCAGCACUCGAGUUUUAUAAACAGAUUGCUGGGAUCACUGCCUCUGGCUCCUCCAGCAGAGGGCGAUAUGGCAUUGCCAAUGGAUAUCAAGGCUAUGCAGAGACAUCUUUGUGUGGUACAGCUCUCAAGGCUGCUUGGCCUCGGCCAAAAGAUGGAAAAGUCACAGAAGCAGGAUGCCAUAAGAGACGUUAUUUUGAGAUAUAGACACGGUCUACAUUUUGGAAAAUCAUGCCUGAAGACAGAGCUGCAAUUUUCUGACUACUACUGUUUAAUAGGAGCACAUAUGCUGCUGGAUCUGUGGAGUGAUGGUGAGGAGUGGGCUGUAUGGCAGGGUCUUGCCCUUUUGGAAGAAGGUUUAAGUAACAGUCCUUCGAAUGCCCAAUUUAAACUGCUGCUGCUUCGCAUAUACUGUACACUGGGUGCAUUUGAGCCAGCCAUGGAACUGUACAGCAGCCUUGAUGCUAAACACAUACAGCAUGACACAAUUGGCUAUUUGCUGACCCGAUUUGCAGCCCCCUUGGGUCACUACACUGCUGCAUCACAAUCUUGCAAUGCCGCUCUUCGAUUUUUCCAUUCUAACCAGAAAGAUACCUCAGAAUAUAUUAUACAAGCCUACAAAUAUGGAGCCUUUGAAAAAAUCCCAGAAUUCAUUGCAUUUAGAAACCGGCUAAACAAUUCACUUCAUUUUGCACAAGUUCGCACGGAACGAAUGUUACUGGACCUCUUACUUGAUGCUAAUAUCUCCACUAGCCUAGAAGAAAAUAUAAAGUCCAUGUGUCUCAACCCAGAAGAGGAUGACAUUCCAUGGAAAGAACUUCGAGAUAACAGGGACCUGACUGUUCUUUUUAACUGGGGUUCUAAGGACAGAGACAUGUCAGACGAAUAUAGGCAGCUGUCACUAGAGGAAGAGAGGAUUUGGCUGCUCAUCCGAUCACUGACCUUAAGGUUGGUUAGUGGAUUGACUACUCUCAAUCAUACAAAUGAACCGAAGAAUUCGGCAAAGGCCACAGAGAAUGGAGUCUCAUCCAAGAUUGACACCGUCCGAGCUUUAUUACGACAGUAUGAAGAGACCUUAAAUUCGGCAAAUCAAUUUAAUGAGAAGAUGGUUAAGUAUCCAUUUCUUGGACCUCCAUCAUCUCGGCUUGCAGGGUUUUUGGGGAGUGGCUGCUGUCGGUGUCAAAGAGAUGCUUUCCUUCUGGUGAAUGAUAUUUAUGAGUUGGAUACAUCUGGAAUAGAUGAUAGUUGUCAGGUCCAAGAAAAAAUUGGUAACAGAUUAAAAUCUUCUGUAGGCCAUUUACAAGAACUUUUUCACCAAUCUAAAGGAGACCUACUUGGCAUCCAAGAGGGUUACUGUAAGGUCUCACCCCAUGUUAUAGAGAACCUGGUCUUCUUUGUUGAGGCUAUUUCUGUUGUUCUCUGGGUAUCAGGAUAUUUUGUUGGGGUCCUUAGGCCAUUCAAAUCAAAUCUUCAAAAAAAGAAAAAGAAGAAAAAGGACAGCUGUACCACGCCUCCAGUCUUCACCAGCUUCCAGGACUAUGUUACCGAGCUGCAAACUUUGCUAAUAAAUGUGACAGACUACAUAAGGGAGUUGGAGACCACUUUGCUAGCACUAAAAGUUGAAGAUCUCUCCCUAAAUAAUGUUAAUUUUACAGAGGAAGAAAAGAAGUUUACAAAGCUGUCUUCAGACAAGGUCCAGAACAGCUACGUGCACUCAUUGCAAGAGAUUGGGGAUCUCCUGAGGAAGAGACUCGAAACAACAAAGAAACUGAAACUCUAGAAUGUGAAUAAGAACUGUAUGUCUUUAGAUACAUUAUGAGCUUCUGGCAGUCAUCCUAAUUCAGAACUUCCCAAGAACAUGCAUGAAGGACUUUAACAGUCUGAGUUUUCUUUUUUUUUUUUAAGUCUUGAAUGGAAUUUAUACAACCGAUUUAAAUUAUUGUACAUACGGCAGGAGCCACGGCCUGCAGCAGACCACUUUUUAUACAUGUUCAUGAACUGUCAGCAAUGAGUUUUUUCCUACUUUAUCCCCCCUUCAUGCAACCUUGGAAACUUUGUACAUGCAGCAAUACUAAUUGGCUCAAUCCAGCAGUUAUUCAGUCACUAGAUACAUUUUAUUUAUAUAUAUAAUUUUUGUUUUGGAGGCUUGAUGAAAUCUUUCUUCCUUCUAUUUAUCUUUUAUGCCACCUCUUUCGUUCCCUAAACAUGAACUGUAUGUUUUGCUAAUGGUCCCUUAUUCCCUUUCAAGUAGGUGUUUUAAAUUAUGUGAAAGAACGUGUUUCGAGAGCUUAAAAAGUUAGAUUUUUAGUUGAAGUCAAUGCCCAGACCAUUGAAAAGCUUAUUUACAUAGCAGCUGGGACAUAGGGUUGAGAAUGGCUGCCUAGUAUAGGAAUAAGACAUACAUUGGCUUCUCUCUAUGCUACACACUUGGUAGGUACUCUAGGACACCUUAGAGGCCAUCUUUGCUUACAGGGGUACUCCGGCCCUAAGACAUCUUAUCCCCUAUACAGCUGUCACGCCCCCUCCCAUAGACUUGCUUUGAGAGGGCGUGACAUCACAUGGGGGCGGAGUUGUGACGUCAUGAUGCUCCUGCCCCCGUGGUCGUGAGGCUUCAGACUCUUGAGUCUCCAGUGCUGCGUGCAGCCCCCGCACCGGCAUGAGAGAUUGCGGGGGUCCCCAGCGGCAGGACCCACGCGAUCAAACAUCUUAUCCCCCUAUAGGGGAUAAGAUGUCGUAGGAUCGGAGUACCCCCUUUAAUACCCCAUUGUAACAAUACAACAUCUAAGAUAGUUGUAUAAACUAUUACAAGCUUGAAGCCAACAGUUUGAUCUGUCAACUAAACAAGCAACUAAGGGUGGGUUCCCAUUACGUUUUCCCCCAUACGGGAGCGCAUACGGCAGGGG